GUCCUUUAUAAGGUCAACCCUUUUCCCUUAGUUCUAUGUAUCAAGCAAGGUAGCAUUUGUCAGGGAAAUGGAGAAGGAAAGCACAACUAAGAAGCAGGUGCAUUGUUUGAUCUUAGCAUUCCCAAUUCAAGGACACAUUAAUCCCAUGCUUCAGUUCUCCAAGCUCUUGCAACAUGGAGGAGCGAGAGUAACACUGGUCACCACCCUUUUCUACUGCAAGAAGCUGCAAAAUCUCCCACCUUCCAUUCCACUAGAGACCAUUUCUGAUGGGUUUGACAAUGGCAGAGCUGGAGAACCCUUGGGCUUUCAGGUCUAUUUGGAUCACUUUCACCAAGUAGGUUCACAGAGUUUUGCAGAGCUUAUUGAGAAGCUUGGUAGAACAGGGUACCCUGUUGAUUGUGUUAUAUAUGAUGCAUUUUUGCCUUGGGCCUUGGAUGUUGCAAAGAAAUUUGGAGUAGUUGGGGUUGCUUUCCUGACUCAAAACCUUGCUGUGAAUAGUAUAUGCUACCACGUCCACUUGGGAAAGCUUCAAGCUCCUCUUACUGAGGAAGUGAUUUCUCUACCAGGGCUUCCCAAACUUCAACAUCAGGACAUGCCUUCUUUCUUCUUUAACUAUGAAAAGGAUCCAGCUUUUCUUGAUUUAUUAGUGGGUCAGUUUUCUAACAUUCACAAAGCUGAUUGGAUCCUCUGCAAUUCUUUCUACGAGCUGGACAGAGAGGUGGCUGAUUGGACAAUGAUGAUUUGGUCCAAAUUUAGGACCAUUGGACCUUGCAUACCAUCAAUGAUUCUAGACAAGAGAAUCAAAGAAGAUGAAGAUUACGGGGUUGGGGAGUUCACAAUUGUAGAAUGCAUUACAUGGCUAAAUAAUAAGCCAAAAGGUUCUGUUGUUUAUGUUUCUUUUGGGAGUAUGGCUAUACUCAAUGAGGAGCAAACAGAGGAAAUUGCCUAUGGCUUGAGAGAUAGUGGAAGUUACUUCUUAUGGGUAGUCAGAGACUCUGAACAGACUAAGAUCCCAAAAGACUUUGAAAAGAAAUCAGAAAAAGGCUUGGUAGUGACAUGGUGCUCCCAGCUCAAAGUUCUUGCACAUGAGGCUAUAGGGUGCUUUGUAACACAUUGUGGAUGGAACUCUACAUUGGAAGCUUUGAGCUUAGGAGUUCCUACUAUUGCAAUGCCAGGGUGGUCAGACCAAUGCACCAAUGCCAAGCAUAUUGCAGAUGUGUGGAAAACUGGAAUCAGAGCCCCACUUGAUGAAAAAAAAAUUGUGAGAAGAGAAGCAUUGAACCAUUGUAUAUUCAAAAUAAUGGAGAGUGAAAAAGGCAAAGAGAUUAAAAGCAAUGCUAUGCAGUUUAAGACUUUGGUUGCAGGAGCAACUGGUGAGGGAGGAAGUUCUUAUAAAAACAUUACAGAAUUUGUGAACAGCUUGACUAAUGCGUGA